CCCCUUUAAGAGCUUUGCUAGAGAUUUGGUUUCAGACUCGCACAAACCGUCCUUUACUGGUUCAAACCAGUUUUCUGAGUCUGCGCAGUAAGUGUAAACAGGAAGAAGAGUGCAAAAUUAAACAGUGUCGACGAACGUUGCAUUACAUUGACAGGAUCUGUUUGAAGUCGCGAUGCAGGUGUACAGUAAGCUUAAACGACAUUAAUUUAUGAUUUGCACAUGAUGUAAAGUCGACUCGACUAAAGUUAUUAGAGAAAAUAUCGGGUAAUGCUAAUUAGCGGUUCUGACAUCGUUGAAACACGGGUCCAGGUCGCUUGCUUGAGCGCGAGCAGACAGUCCAGAUAUAGUCCAGAAAGCUUUCAGUACUGUACGUGACUUACUGUCGUGUUUUUUAACGAAGAAAUUUGCAGCUAACGUUAGUUCGUGCAGAUAAUCUGCAUCCGAUAGAAUUCCGCUCCCUACCGGUGACUCAGUGACCUACUAACCCAGUAACGUUAGUGAAGCGAGCGACGAGUUAGUGUUCCUGCGGAAGAAAACCUUUGGCUGACGACUAGACCGAUACUUCCAAUAGACAUUAUUAAGUACAAUUCAAAAUGGUGCAGAAAGACAAAAUAAUCGAGUCGACACAGUCAGAAAGUGAAGCAAAUCCACUACCCACCGAAGCUGUUGUGGAUACGCAGUGUCCAGUGGACGAGCCCAGUAUCGGAGUUGAACGAACAGGCCGCAGGAAAUUCAUCACUGGUGUUGUGGAGGGCUUCUAUGGACGGCCAUGGACUAUGGAACAAAGGAAAGAGCUUUUCAGGAGGCAGCAGAAAUGGGGCUUGAACACCUAUCUGUAUGCCCCAAAAGAUGACUACAAACACAGAAUGUUUUGGAGAGAAAUGUAUUCUGUUGAGGAAGCAGAACAACUCACAACUUUAAUAAGUGCUGCUAAAGAGCAUGGGAUUGAGUUCAUUUAUGCCAUUUCCCCUGGCCUGGACAUUACGUUCUCAAAUCAGAAGGAGGUGUCGACACUUAAAAGGAAGUUAGACCAGGUCACUCAUUUUGGGUGCAAGUCCUUUGCUUUACUGUUUGAUGACAUUGAUCAUAAUAUGUGUCCAGCUGACAAGGAGGUAUUCAGCUCCUUUGCACAUGCUCAAGUGUCUAUCACCAAUGAGAUCUUCCAAUAUUUGGGAGAACCUGAAAUAUUUUUAUUUUGCCCCACAGAGUAUUGUGGAACAUUUUGUUACCCAAAUGUGUCACAAUCGCCUUACCUGCGCACAAUAGGUGAAAAGCUGCUUCCUGGUAUUGAGGUGCUGUGGACAGGUCCCAAGGUAGUUUCUAAAGACAUAACUGUUGAAUCUAUUGAAGAAGUCACAAAGAUACUGAGGAGAGCUCCUGUCAUCUGGGACAAUAUUCAUGCUAAUGACUACGAUCAGAAGAGACUUUUCUUGGGGCCUUAUAAAGGCAGGUCCACAGAACUCAUCCCUCGGCUGAAGGGAGUCCUCACCAACCCAAACUGUGAAUUUGAGUCUAAUUUUGUGGCCAUUCACACAUUAGCCACAUGGUAUAAGUCUAACAUGAAUGGAGUGAGAAAAGAUGUUGUCAUGACGGACAGUGAAGACAGUACUGUGUCCAUCCAGAUAAAACUGGAAAACGAGGGCAGUGAUGAGGAGCUAGAAACAGACAUCCUCUACAGCCCGCAGAUCGCGCUCAAGCUGGCUCUCACUGAAUGGCUUAGCGAGUUUGGAGUGCCUCAUCAGUACAACAGUCGGCAGGUUCCUCACAGUGGAACUAAAAGCACUUCUAUAGAUGUUCCUGCACUCACUGUGCCCAGUCUGGGCACUUCCACUACAGUGACUACAGUCUUCCAACAGCCCAUCAUGAGUCCAACCUUGCCCCUUAGCGAUGAACCGCAUGUGCUUGGCAAAGAAGAGGAGGUGGAGGUGGAGGUGGAGGUGGAGAAGAAGGAGUCCGACGAAGAACCCAUGGAGAUGGUCGUGGAGAAACACGACGAGGUGGACACGAAAAAUGUCAACCAGAUCCUCACAGAGAUUGUCAAGGCUAAAAUGACAGAAGAUCUCAAACCCAUGGACACAGACAAAGAGAGCCUGACAGAGUCCAAGUCCCCAGAGAUGUCCAUUCAAGAGGAUUCAGGCAGCGACAUUGCACCGAUGCAGACUGAUGAUCAGCUCAAUAAGGAAGUGUUUCUUCCAGGACCCAAUGAGAAGCCACUGUUUACUGCUGAGCCACUUACUCUGGAGGAUCUGACCCUGCUAGCUGAACUUUUCUACCUGCCGUACGAACACGGUCCUAAAGCAGUACAGAUGUUGAAAGAGUUUAACUGGUUGAGAGUCAAUAGCAAUUAUGUUAGUGUAAACUCCAAAGCAAAGGAUCCAGAGAAGGUAGCUGAAUGGCAAUCCAGAGCGGAAAAGUUUGAGGAGAUGUGCUGCUCCGUCAUCCAGAUGUUCACCAGACUCUCCAACUCAGCCAACAGGACCAUUCUUUAUGACCUGUAUCCCUAUAUCUGGGAUAUAAAGAGUAUCAUCUCAAUGGUGAAAUCAUUUGUUCAGUGGUUAGGGUGUCGUAGUCAGUCGUCAGCACAGUUCUUAAGUGGCGACCAAGAGCCCUGGGCCUUUAGGGGCGGUCUAGCAGGAGAGUUCCAGAGACUGUUACCAAUUGAUGGGGCAAAUGAUCUUUUCUACCAGCCGCCACCACCAAUGCCAACUUCCAAAAUCUAUACCAUAAGGCCUUACUUUCCCAAAGAUGAGUCUGCCAUCUACAAGAUCUGCAAAGAGAUGUUCACUGAGGGCUGUGACGGUAUCUCUUUCUCAGACGAUUCACCGGACCUUAUUGGAGACAGGUUAGUAGGAGGUUUCCUGACGCACAGCCCAGACUAUGGCUUUGUGCUUGAGGAUGAGGAAGGCAUCUGUGGUUAUGCUCUGGGCACUGUGGAUGUCAAACCCUUUGUGAAGAAAUGCAAGAUGAGUUGGAUUCCAUUCAUGCAGGAGAAAUACAACAAGCCAGACACAGAGAAGGACCUGUCAGAGGCUGAGAAAAUGAUGCUAAGUUUCCAUGAGGAGGAGGAAGGCUUACCAGAAACGUUCCUCAGUAACUUCCCAUCACUCAUUAAAGUGGACAUUCACGCAAAGGUUACUGACCCCAGUGUUGCCAAAAGCAUGAUGGGAUGUCUCCUCUCAUCAUUGAAAGCCAAUGGCUCACAUGGUGCUUUCUGUGAGGUCCGGCAGAUAGACAAAAGGAUGUUGGACUUUUAUAGCAAACUGGGCUGCUUUGAAGUGGCCAAAAUGGAGGGAUUCCCAAAAGACAUUAUUAUGAUGGGGAGGAGUUUGUGAAUCUGAGAAAGAAGAAAGAAAAAGCAUACAGAAGGAGCCUCCCAGAAACUGCACAAAGCUUUGGCCCCAACACGCUACCUGUUCAUGUAACUAUCACAAGUUUUGUAAUUGCAACUCUGGUGGCCUGUAGCUUCAUUCACAUCAUAUGCCAAAGGCACUUCUAGAAUUUUAGGUGCUGUUCAUUCAUUUUUCCGGUUUGUGGUCGAAGUUUGAAAGUGAGUGUGAACAGAAAUGGAAAAAGAAUUGAAGUGAGUCUGCAAGGGUAAUUUGUGACACACAAGUUACUUUGAGUUUUUUCUGGUGGACUGAUCGCUUGAGUUGGCCAAGUGCCAUUGAGCCCACUAAAUCUCUUAGAUAUGGCCGAGGUGCAGUUUGUGUUCAGCAUAUGUGCAUGUUUAAGUUAACAUCUAGAUUCUCCAGACUAAAAACUUGCCAUUACUUGAUAAAGAGACAUCUUCACUUUGCUGUUUUUAAUAGUUAAUUUCAGUGCUUUACAGUGUUCAAAGCAAUAAUCUAGAAGGACUUCAUAAUAGUCUGGGUUUGUGUUAUUGCUUUCCACGACAUUGUAAUAAAUUCUGAUGUUUUCCAGGUUCAAACAGUGUCUGUGAGCUCUCGUAUGGAGAACAAAGCAGGCUAAAGCUAUCCUUUAAGUUUUGGUAUGCUGCUCGGGUAUUAUUUAGAAACGAAAAAACUGAAAUUGAACUUUGAGCAGGCAGAAGAGUAAAUACAGUUAAACCAUAAAGUCUGUUGUCUUUAAGACCGCAUGAUAUACUUUUGUGUAAGCCUUUAGCAUGUGUAUCUUUUAACGAUACAAUUUUUCAUUAUGUACAAAAAUGCCUUUCGGCCCUUGCCCUCCUCUGGAAUAUAUUUGAGGGUAAUGAAAAGUAAGUUCCUACACUACUUCUUCCUUUGUUUAAAGUGGUAAAUUAUACAAUUCUGAGACACAACAGGGUUACAUUAUAAUUCUGAGAUGCUGAUGUGUUUACAAAAUAACAAAACAAAAAAAAAACAGUAAAAUUUGUAACGUAAACCUCAAGACCAAUGCCCUGUCCCAAAUUAGAGUGAAAACUAAAAAUAAAUGAAGGUACAUUAGUGAAUUAUCUUUAAAAUACCUGAGAUAUUUUUUUUUCUGUUGCCUGAAGAGAAUAACUUUGCUUGUUCUUUAGUGACAGUCUGCCUCUUUGUCAAUACAUUUAAAAAUCCCUACAGUUUGAAGUUGGGUUUCUCUGAAGUCCACUCUGCAAUGUCAGUGCCAGGAUUAUUUGCCUGAAUGUAGGUACAAAAGAAACGGUUUAUUCUGCAUUUACUCCCCUAACCAAAAUUACUGACAGAUUUCUUUUCAUGUUUUUUUUUUUUGUAUUGUUGUGCUAUAUUCUGAAAAACGAAAUGAGCACAAAAGGCUCCUGCAGAUUCCCACAUGUAAUGUUCAAAAUGCCUGAGUUAAAGAAAAAUGUAAAUAGUUUUGUGCAUGUGAUGGGCCAACAGUUUUGACUGUUUUUCCACCCCAUUUAAGGGAACUUUGUACGCAAAAAAAAGGAUAUUGUUUAUCUCUAUAUAGCUUGUUGUUUCAUCUUAUUUUGGUUGAUCAUCCAAUGUAAAGGGCUUUUUUCUUUCUUUCUUUUUUUAAGGUCAUAUCCAAUGCAUUUUUUUUUUUUUUUAAAUGAAGACCGUUCUGUACUUUGACGUAAUUAUGAUUAUGUAUAUGUAAUAUAGUUGUAAUUUCUGUAAGGGUUGUAUGUAAUUAAGAUGACUAUUAAAAUGUUAAAUAGGAAAAAAAUAA